UUCCACUUCACUUUUUUAUUUUUGCCAGAGGCACUCUGCCGAAUGCAAAACCAUGUGCGCACCAUGUUUAUUUCGGAGCCAGGACUUCAUUAUUGGAUGAGAACCGAGACAGGAGUCCCUGCCUUUGCCUGGAGAUGGCCAACCAUGAGAGAAACAGAAAGAUCCUGCUGGAGCUGCUGAAGCAGCCGUGUAACAGUCGGUGUGCUGACUGCAACGCUCCAGAUCCAGACUGGGCGUCCUACAAGUUGGGAGUGUUUGUGUGUCUGAAUUGCUCUGGCAUCCACCGCAGCCUGUCCAGUCGGGUCAAAUCCAUUAAGCUGGACUACUGGGAGGAUGAGCUGGUGGAGUUUAUGAAGUCCACUGGUAACGCCAGUGCCCGGGCCCUGUAUGAGAAAGCUGUUCCACCGUACUACUAUCAACCUCAGCACAACGAUCACGCUGUCCUGCGAGAACAGUGGAUCAGGGCCAAAUAUGAGCGGGCUGAGUUUACCGGGGAGACCAAGUAUCCUCCACUUGAUUAUGCCAAAGGUUUCCACGAAGGUUUUCUUUGGAAAAAAGGAAAAGAAAAGACACAGUUUCUGAAGAGGAAGUUUGUGCUGUCAGAGCAGGAAUUCACCCUGACGUACUACAACAAAGAAAAUGAGUCAAAAGGCCCUAAAGCUGUGAUCCCCAUCAAGGACAUGAAUGCAACUUUUCAGCCUGAGAAGAUCGGUCAUCCUCAUGGUCUGCAGAUCACCUACCAAGACACCAAUCACAUAAGGAACCUCUACAUUUACCAUGAAAAUGCUGAGGAAAUAGUCACAUGGUUCAAUGCCAUCCGUGCUGCUCGUUAUGCUUACCUGAAAACAGCCUACCCCACAGGAAAUGAUGAAGAUCUGAUACCAAUGAUAACAAGUAAAUACCUCAAAGAAGGAUACAUGGAGAAGACAGGGCCGCUGCAGAAGGAGCCGUUCAAGAAGAGAUGGUUUGUUUUGGACUCUAAUAACAGGAAGCUGUUCUACUUCAAAGGUCAAAUGGACGCAAAGGAGUUAGGGGUCAUUUUCAUCGGAACAAAUAGCAAUGGCUACACUGUAACGGAGUGUGUCCCAAAACACACACGCGGCAACAAGUGGAAGUGUGGCAUUUUAAUGGGCACGCCUGAACGACAAUUUGUCUUCAUGUGUGAACAAGAAAGGGAGCGGAGGGAGUGGCUUCAGGCUCUCAAAGAGGUUCUGUCCAGACCAAUGGCACCGCAGGACUAUGGUGUGGAAGCUAACAUCAUGUCUCAGCAGUGAACAGAGAUGUGUCUGUGGACUGACGUGAAAAUGCUGCAGUGUAAAUCCACCACUGGACAACUUGAAAACAGGGGAUAAAACAUGACCAGAAACCAGAAUCUCAAAUAACACUGAAUUUAAAAGCAAUCAAAAGCUUUAGCGACUUGUAAGCGUAUUUUGUAUAAAUUUGUGAUGUAUAAAAUUUGUCUUUGUCUCAAUAAAAGAGUGAUGAAUAAAA